AUGCAGCCAGGAGCCCUUCCUCGCGUCGUAACCGAUGGAACCAAUGCUCCGCAGCUGCCCAGGAGGGCACCAAGCCUGGGUUUUGCCCAAAGGCCCCUGCGCCAGGAGCCCUCGCUGGCUCGGAGCGGGAGAGGUGCUGAGGAGCAAAUUGACCUUUCCCUGUCGGCGCUUUCUGUUCACCAGAGCGGAUCCGGCUGGUCUCCAGUGUAUGUUGAAGAGAACUUAGGCGUCAUGUCCGUGGGGUUCUUGCUUAGCAGUCCUGAUGACGCGGUCAUCUGGAGAGGACCCAAAAAAAAUGGGUUGAUCAAACAGUUUCUUCGGGAUGUGGACUGGGGUGAGAUCGACUACCUGAUCGUCGAUACGCCUCCGGGCACAUCGGAUGAACACCUGGCCAUCGUGCAGUACCUCGGUGCAAUGCGCAUAGCUGGCGCUGUUAUCGUCACUACCCCGCAGGAAGUGUCGCUCCAGGACGUUCGGAAGGAGAUCAGCUUCUGCCGUAAGGUGAAGCUGCCCAUCAUCGGCGUUGUGGAAAACAUGAGUGGCUUUGUGUGCCCGAAGUGUCAGAACGAAUCUCAGAUCUUUCCCCCGACCACCGGCGGGGCAGAGAAGAUGUGCCAGAACUUAAACGUUUCCCUCCUGGGUAAAGUGCCUCUGGAUCCUCGAAUAGGUAAAAGCUGCGACAGCGGCCAGUCGUUCUUGGCUGAAGCACCUGACUCCGCAGCGACGUCGUCUUACAGGAGUAUCAUUCAAAGAAUUCAGGAGUACUGUGAUCAGCACCAUCUCCAGGAAGAAAAGAUUAUCUAAGCUAUGAAUGGAGUGAAAAUGUAGUUCACCUUUAAUUAUAGAGAAGUAACUUAUGCCUUGAUUUGAUGGAAGGAAUGUAUUCUUUUUGUAUAUUGCAAAUAAAUUCUUAAUAUAAA